AUGCAGAGCCGGCCAGCGAGAGGAACAACCUCGGCUGCGGGCGUGGCGCGCUGGCAGCCGCCGCUGACGGGUGCGCCGCUCGGCGGCACGGAACGGCAUUCGCCGGUGCAGCGGAGGCGACAGGCAGUCUGGCCGCGCCGGGGAAGUGCCCCGCGUGGGCGGCCGAGCGCGGCGCGCACCGAGCAUUGUUGUCUGGCAGCGGCGGCCGCCGCCACCCCCGCCGCCUCCGAGGCCGGAAUAAUGCAUGAGCGGCCGAGCCGGUCCGCUGCCCCGCCGGUGCGCCGACGCCUCGGCCUGCCCGCCGCGGCGGAACACACGGCGACGCCCGCCGCGCGCCGCUCGGCCGCUGUCUACGUGUCUGCUCCGUGGAGCCGCCUUGCGUUACCCACCUGCUCCACGUCGCUACACAAGCAGCUGUCAGACAAGCUACAGACACAAUCCAACCAUCAAACUACCAAGCUGGCUCAGUCUAAACCCAACAGCUAA